AUGAUGCAGGUUUAUGCCUCAAUAGCCAGCGACUUCAUACAAAAAUUAAAACCAUAUUUAAGGUGGAAGUGGUGGAGCCCACUGUUUGUAACGUGGAAGAUUGGUCGAGAUAAACGAUUGCGUGGAUGCAUAGGUACUUUUUCUGCCAUGAACCUGCAUUCAGGACUCAGGGAGUACACACUUACUAGUGCCCUUAAAGAUAGUCGUUUCCCCCCAAUGACGAGGGAUGAGCUGCCACGGCUUUUCUGCUCAGUGUCUCUACUCACUAACUUUGAAGAUGUAUGUGACUACAUGGACUGGGAGGUGGGUGUACAUGGCAUUAGAAUAGAAUUCAUCAAUGAAAAAGGAUCAAAACGCACCGCCACCUACUUACCGGAGGUUGCAAAGGAGCAAGGAUGGGACCACAUUCAAACCAUAGAUUCCUUAUUGAGGAAAGGAGGCUACAAAGCUCCGAUUACUAAUGAAUUCAGGAAAACCAUAAAGCUAACCAGGUACCGUAGUGAGAAGAUGACCAUGAGCUACACAGAGUACCUUGCCCAUCGUCAGCAUCAUCACUUCCAAAAUGGCAUUGGGCACCCCCUUCCACCAUACAACCAUUAUUCCUGACACUGAGCCGCAUGACCAGUCACUGGACCUUUCUGCAGACCUCUUCCCAGGAGACCCUGCCCCUUCUUGGUCUAGCUAUCUCUAUUACUGUACCAUUUUAUGAUGAUAGUUUCCGUUGCCAUUUUGAGGCUUCUCCAUAGUUGGUUAAGCUCAUUGUGGCAACGGGAGGGAAAACUGCAUUAUUACAAAGAUCCCAUACUUUUUUAUUGAAUCACUGCAGAUUUUUUUGCAGCAUAUUAUAGCCCUUGGGUUUUUUAUGAAAUGUUAAAUUUCUACUUCAUUAACAUUGAAUUAUAUCAGUCAAGACUUUCUGUGACUGUGGAUGGAAGGAAGAGUUUAAGGAUUACAGUUGGGGAUUCUUUGCUCAGAAGAAAAAAAAAAAAGGCAUUCAUGGCUUUUUCAUUAAUAGCUCUGUCAGGGAACGAAACAUAUCAGAUUCAGGUAUUAUAAUAGACAAUGAAUUGCAUUUUCUUAACCUUCUUAAUAGUAGUCUGUGGUACAAUAUUUCAUAGACUUUCUUCUUCCCUUUGAGUUUUCCCAUGAGCUCCUUUGCUCAUCCGUUCAGGUCUCCUGCCAUGGUUGAGCAAGGAGCUCAUUGAAAAAAA